AGGGAAAGCCAUCUAAAAAAUUGCCAUUUGCAUUGUGCUUCCCCUGACCAUCUUCCUAGUCGGUGUCGAUAGGAGACAAGACCCUCGUAGUGUGUCUUUGCUUUCUCCGUCAAUCCUCUCUUAUAUACAUCGUCAUUCCUAUUUACAUAAUUCUUCGUCUUUGUCAUCCAGCAAAACUGACUAAUUACUAGUUGUUACUGAAAUAUCCAUUUGCUUAGUUAAUAAUACUUCCAUCAAUGGGUUCACACCCUUCCCUUCCGCACCCCGAGACCCGUCCUCCUUCCCCUGAAUUUGACCCGUCCGGGCACCGAAUAUAUGCCUCGUUCUGCCUGAGGGAGGAGACACCUGACACCGGGGCCUCUACCUGGAUAGAGAGCUAUGAUCCAUCGAGCCACACUUGGAGCCAUGUCAGCCCGAUCCCGGGCCUCGUCGAUGGCCACAUCUUGAAGGGUUUUGCUAUGGUAUCGGUCAGAGACAUGAUUUUCGUUAUUGGUGGGCGGCUCUGCCGUAAGGAGAUGGUUCACGUCUCUGAUGAGUUGGCGGACUUAGUAGACAAGGAUGUUUGUAUGUUGUCGUCGGUUUUUUCUUACAAUGUGAGGACCGAGCAGUGGUCGAAACUUGCGUGUCUUAGGUUUCCUCGCUCCGACUUCGCUUGCACGGUGUGUGAUGGCAAGAUUUACGUGGCCGGGGGACAGUCAAGUUUGGAUUGUGCGAGAGGAAUUUCAUCAGCGGAAGUUUACGACCCUGUCCUAGAUGAGUGGACACCGUUGCCUCACAUGAACACGCUGAGGUACAAAUGUGUAGGUGUUACAUGCCUAGGCAAAAUCCACGUCGUAGGGGGAUUUGCCGAGCGCUUGAAUUCGGGCCCUGCAUCACCCUUCAGGCCCGAAAGGAGCUCUGCGGAAGUUUUCGACCCCCAAACCGGGAGAUGGGAGCUCAUGGCAAAGAUGUGGCAGUUGGACGUGCCACCGAAUCAGAUCGUCGCAGUGAAUGGGAGACUCUUCAGUUCUGGAGACUGCCUCAAGCCAUGGAAAGGCCAUAUCGAGGCAUAUGAUGCGGUGCUCAACUUGUGGAACGAGGUCGACCACUCGUGCCUAAGAACUCUAUCCGAUGCCAUAAACCAUUCCAACGAGAGAUACUGGCAGCACGUCCAAGAGCUAUAUCUCACCAUGGCACCAAUUAGGACCCACUUGUACUUCUUGGGAGGUUACCGGAUGGUCGGUGAACCGCCACGCAUGAUCUCUAUGGUGUGCGCAUUCGACACUUUAGCUUCCGCAAACAGCAAUGCAUGGAGGAGCUUCGGGCCAAUGGACGAAGAGAGCGAGAAAGAGCUUUGCAGCCAUUCCUGCGUAGUUCAACUAUCCUAAAUGAUCCCUUUAUCGGGACACUCAUAGUAAUCCUAUAAUACAAGGUUUUGCGAAUCUCUAUAUAGAAUCUUGUCUUUUUUUGCUGAAUAAAUAUAGAAUCUUGUCUUGUUAGUCAUUGAUGUCUCAAAUAUAGUUUAAGCAUAACGAUAGGGAAUGAAUGCUAAGGGGAAAGCUGUUGGCCUGACUAGAAGUGAAUCAAUAAGAAAUAAUCUUUCUCCAGAAACAGUUUGCUUA